UUUCACUCCCUCCCUCUUUUUCUCUCUGUCUCGGCUCUCCUCCUCCCUAACUCACUGGAUAUUACCAGCCGCCGGGCUCGCCGCCUUCUCUUCCCCAGCCAUGAAUCCCACCGAAGGGGCGGCGGAGGAAGGCGCUGUCCCCGACUCGGAGGUGGAUGCUUUCUUCCGAACAGGCUCAUUCCGAAAUGAUGGCUUAAAAGCUGCUGAUGUCCUUCCUAUACUGAAGGAGAAAGUGGCCUUCGUAUCAGGUGGCCGUGAUAAACGAGGUGGUCCUGUCUUGACCUUCCCAGCCCGCAGCAAUCAUGACAGAAUAAGACAGGAAGACCUUCGGAAACUUGUGACUUAUUUGGCCAGCGUGCCAAGCGAAGAUGUCUGUAAACGAGGAUUCACUGUUAUUAUUGAUAUGCGGGGAUCAAAAUGGGAUUUGAUCAAGCCUCUCCUAAAGACCCUUCAAGAAGCCUUUCCUGCCGAGAUUCAUGUUGCCCUGAUUAUAAAACCUGAUAAUUUCUGGCAGAAGCAGAAGACAAACUUUGGCAGUUCCAAGUUCAUCUUUGAGACAAGUAUGGUAUCUGUUGAAGGCCUGGCAAAACUUGUAGAUCCAUCACAACUGACAGAUGAGUUUGAAGGAUCCUUGGAUUACAACCACGAUGAAUGGAUAGAGCUGCGUGUCUCCUUGGAAGAGUUUUUCAACAGUGCCAUCCAUUUAUUAUCAAGGCUGGAGGACCUCCAGGAAAUGUUGGCUAGGAAGGAGUUUCCAGUUGACGUUGAGGGCUCCAGGAGGCUGAUUGAUGAGCACACACAGCUUAAGAAAAAAGUGAUUAAGGCUCCUGUGGAGGAACUGGACCGUGAGGGUCAGAGGUUGUUACAGUGCAUAAGGUGCAGUGAUGGUUUUUCCGGUAGGAACUGCAUUCCUGGAAGUGCGGAUUUUCAAAGUCUUGUGCCAAAGAUUACCAGCCUUUUAGACAAGCUGCAUUCUACCCGGCAACACUUACAUCAGAUGUGGCAUGUCCGCAAGUUGAAACUAGACCAGUGCUUUCAACUUCGACUUUUUGAACAAGAUGCUGAGAAGAUGUUUGACUGGAUCAGCCACAACAAAGAAUUGUUCCUACAGAGUCACACGGAGAUUGGUGUGAGCUACCAACAUGCCCUUGACCUGCAGACGCAGCACAAUCACUUUGCCAUGAAUUCAAUGAACGCCUAUGUCAACAUCAAUCGGAUCAUGUCUGUUGCAUCCAGGCUGUCUGAGGCAGGCCAUUACGCUUCCCAGCAAAUUAAACAAAUUUCUACACAGCUGGAUCAAGAGUGGAAGAGUUUUGCUGCAGCUCUGGAUGAACGCAGCACCAUCUUAGCCAUGUCUGCUGUCUUUCACCAGAAAGCUGAACAGUUCCUUUCAGGUGUGGAUGCCUGGUGUAAAAUGUGCAGUGAAGGAGGCCUCCCCUCAGAAAUGCAAGACCUAGAGCUGGCCAUCCAUCAUCAUCAGUCUCUGUAUGAACAAGUAACACAGGCCUACACAGAGGUGAGCCAGGAUGGAAAAGCCUUGCUGGAUGUCCUACAGCGUCCCUUGAGCCCUGGGAAUUCAGAAUCCCUCACUGCUACUGCAAACUAUUCCAAAGCUGUGCACCAGGUACUGGACGUGGUACAUGAGGUCCUGCAUCACCAGCGGCGCCUGGAGAGCAUCUGGCAGCACCGAAAGGUCCGGCUGCACCAAAGGCUGCAGCUCUGCGUUUUCCAGCAGGAUGUCCAACAGGUACUGGACUGGAUUGAAAAUCAUGGAGAAGCCUUUCUGAGUAAACACACGGGAGUGGGGAAGUCUCUGCACAGAGCACGCGCACUGCAGAAAAGACACGAUGACUUUGAAGAGGUAGCGCAGAAUACGUACACCAAUGCAGACAAGCUUUUAGAGGCUGCAGAGCAGUUGGCUCAGACUGGGGAAUGUGACCCUGAAGAGAUCUAUAAAGCAGCCCGGCAUCUGGAAGUGCGGAUUCAGGACUUCGUCCGGAGAGUGGAACAGAGGAAGCUUCUCUUGGACAUGUCAGUCUCCUUCCAUACCCACACCAAAGAGCUGUGGACAUGGAUGGAAGAUCUGCAGAAGGAGCUCUUAGAGGAUGUCUGUGCUGACUCUGUGGAUGCGGUUCAGGAGCUUAUCAAGCAGUUUCAGCAGCAGCAAACAGCCACCUUGGACGCUACCCUCAAUGUUAUUAAGGAAGGGGAAGAUCUAAUCCAACAGCUCAGGGACUCCGCCGUUUCCAACAAUAAGACCCCACACAAUAGCUCCAUCAGCCACAUCGAAUCUGUACUUCAGCAGUUGGAUGAGGCCCAGGUACAGAUGGAAGAGCUCUUCCAUGAGAGGAAGAUUAAGCUAGAUAUCUUUCUUCAGCUCCGGAUUUUUGAGCAGUACACCAUUGAGGUUACAGCAGAGUUAGAUGCCUGGAAUGAGGAUCUGCUGAGACAAAUGAAUGAUUUCAAUACCGAGGACCUUACUCUGGCUGAGCAACGUUUGCAGCGUCACACUGAGAGGAAGUUGGCCAUGAACAACAUGACUUUUGAAGUCAUCCAGCAAGGGCAAGAUUUACACCAAUACAUCAUGGAGGUCCAGGCUUCAGGCAUUGAGCUGAUCUGUGAAAAGGACAUCGACCUUGCAACACAGGUACAAGAGCUGCUGGAAUUCCUUCAUGAGAAACAGCAUGAGCUGGAGCUUAAUGCUGACCAAACUCACAAGAGGUUAGAGCAGUGCCUACAGCUCCGGCACCUACAGGCUGAAGUCAAGCAGGUGCUUGGCUGGAUCCGGAAUGGUGAAUCAAUGCUGAAUGCAAGCCUCGUCAAUGCAAGCUCCCUCUCUGAGGCUGAGCAGCUCCAGAGAGAGCAUGAGCAAUUUCAGCUGGCCAUAGAGUCCCUCUUUCAUGCCACUUCCUUACAGAAGACACAUCAGAGUGCCCUGCAGGUCCAGCAGAAAGCUGAAGUACUGCUGCAGGCUGGGCAUUAUGAUGCUGAUGCCAUCAGAGAAUGUGCUGAAAAGGUGGCCCUGCACUGGCAGCAGCUGAUGCUGAAGAUGGAGGACAGGCUCAAGCUGGUCAAUGCCUCGGUGGCCUUCUACAAAACCUCUGAGCAGGUGUGCAGCGUAUUAGAGAGCCUGGAGCAAGAAUACAGACGUGAUGAAGACUGGUGUGGAGGUCGAGAUAAACUUGGACCAGCAGCUGAGAUAGACCACGUCAUCCCUCUGAUCAGCAAGCAUCUGGAGCAGAAGGAGGCUUUUCUCAAGGCCUGCACACUGGCUCGAAGGAACGCUGAGGUAUUCCUCAAGUACAUCCACAGGAACAACGUCAGCAUGCCUGGAGUUGCAAGCCAUACACGGGGGCCUGAGCAGCAAGUGAAAGCCAUCCUGAGUGAGUUGCUGCAGAGGGAGAACCGGGUCCUUCACUUCUGGACCCUGAAGAAGCGGAGGUUAGAUCAGUGCCAGCAGUAUGUUGUCUUUGAGCGCAGUGCCAAGCAGGCCCUGGACUGGAUCCAAGAGACAGGCGAAUAUUACCUCUCUACUCACAACUCCACAGGGGAAUCUGCAGAAGAAACUCAGGAACUCCUGAAGGAAUAUGGGGAAUUCAGAGUACCUGCGAAGCAAACAAAGGAGAAAGUGAAGCUCCUCAUCCAGCUGGCUGACAGCUUUGUAGAAAAGGGACAUAUACACGCCACUGAAAUCAGGAAGUGGGUCACCACCGUUGACAAACGCUACCGUGACUUCUCUCUCAGGAUGGGGAAAUACCGCUACUCCCUGGAGAAAGCCCUUGGAAUCAAUACAGAGGAUAACAAGGACCUCGAACUAGAUAUUAUUCCAGCAAGUCUGUCAGACCGGGAGGUAAAGCUGCGAGAUGCAAAUCAUGAAGUCAAUGAAGAAAAAAGAAAGUCAGCCAGAAAGAAAGAAUUCAUUAUGGCUGAACUUCUUCAGACAGAAAAAGCUUAUGUCAGGGACUUACAUGAAUGUUUAGAGACUUACCUUUGGGAAAUGACAAGUGGAGUGGAAGAAAUACCCGCUGGGAUCCUUAAUAAAGAACACAUCAUCUUUGGCAAUAUUCAGGAGAUAUAUGACUUCCAUAACAACAUUUUCCUGAAAGAACUCGAGAAAUAUGAGCAACUGCCUGAGGAUGUGGGUCACUGCUUUGUCACCUGGGCAGAUAAAUUUCAGAUGUAUGUCACCUACUGCAAAAACAAGCCUGACUCCAGCCAGCUCAUCCUGGAACAUGCAGGGACUUUCUUUGAUGAAAUUCAGCAAAGGCAUGGUCUGGCCAACUCUAUCUCUUCUUAUUUAAUCAAGCCUGUCCAGAGGAUCACAAAAUAUCAACUCCUCCUGAAGGAACUGCUUACCUGCUGUGAGGAAGGCAAAGGGGAACUCAAGGAUGGUCUGGAAGUGAUGCUCAGUGUCCCCAAGAAAGCUAAUGAUGCAAUGCAUGUCAGCAUGCUGGAAGGGUUUGAUGAGAAUCUAGAUGUCCAGGGAGAGCUGAUUCUUCAGGAUUCCUUCCAAGUGUGGGAUCCCAAAUCACUCAUUCGGAAAGGCCGUGAGAGGCAUUUGUUUCUCUUUGAAAUCUCUUUGGUGUUUAGCAAGGAGAUCAAAGAUUCUUCAGGACACACAAAAUAUGUUUACAAGAACAAGUUACUGACCUCAGAACUGGGAGUGACUGAACAUGUUGAAGGAGAUCCCUGUAAAUUUGCCUUGUGGUCUGGACGAACACCAUCCUCAGACAAUAAAACAGUGCUAAAAGCAUCAAGUAUUGAAACAAAGCAGGAAUGGAUCAAAAAUAUCCGAGAAGUCAUCCAAGAAAGAAUUAUCCAUCUGAAAGGAGCUCUGAAAGAGCCAAUUCAGCUCCCCAAGACACCAGCAAAGCAGCGAAACAACAGUAGAAGAGAUGGAGUAGAUGAUGCAGACAGCCAAGGAGAUGGAAGCAGUCAACCUGACACGAUUUCCAUUGCAUCCAGGACAUCACAGAAUACAGUGGACAGCGAUAAGCAUUUCGUCUACGGCAGAGACACAGGACAGUUGUCUGGAGGGUGUGAACUAACCGUGGUGCUCCAGGACUUCACGGCGGGCCACAGCAGCGAGCUGAGCAUUCAGGUGGGGCAGACGGUGGAGCUGCUGGAGAGGCCGAGUGAAAGGCCGGGCUGGUGUUUGGUGCGGACCACGGAGCGGAGCCCACCGCAGGAAGGUCUGGUCCCCAGCAGCGCUCUCUGCAUUUCCCAUUCCCGUAGCAGCGUGGAGAUGGAUUGCUUCUUCCCUUCAGGAAAAGAGGCAUAUUCGGUCUCUUCCAAUGAAAACGGGGGCAAGUCCGAUUCAGUGGCCAACUUACAGCCCCAGCCAUCCCUCAACUCCAUCCAGAGCUCUCCCGGCCCCAAGCGCUCGACCAACACACUGAAGAAAUGGCUGACGAGCCCCGUGCGCCGGUUGAACAGUGGGAAGGCCGAGAGCAACAUCAAGAAGCAAAAGAAGGUGCGAGAUGGCAGGAAGAGUUUUGACCUCGGCUCACCAAAGACUGGAGAUGAAACCACUCCUCAAGGAGACAGCGCAGAUGAGAAGAGCAAGAAAGGCUGGGGAGAAGAUGAGCCAGAUGAAGAAUCUCACACACCUCUUCCUCCUCCUAUGAAGAUUUUUGACAAUGAUCCAACCCAAGAUGAGAUGACCCUUGAAGGAGGAUCUUACCGAGGAAGCUUAAAAGAUGCCACAGGCUGCUUGAAUGAAGGAAUGACGCCUUCAACUCCCCCAAGAAACCUUGAAGAGGAACAAAAAGCCAAAGCAAUGAGAGGCAGGAUGUUUGUCUUAAAUGAACUGGUCCAGACUGAAAAAGAUUACGUCAAAGACUUGGGAACUGUUGUGGAGGGCUUCAUGAAGAGAAUAGAGGAAAAGGGAGUUUCUGAAGAUAUGAAAGGAAAAGACAAGAUAGUGUUUGGCAAUAUUCACCAGAUCUAUGACUGGCACAAAGACUUUUUCCUGGCUGAACUGGAAAAAUGUCUUCAAGAGCAUGACCGUUUAGCACAGCUUUUUAUUAAACAUGAGCGGCGAUUACACAUGUAUGUGGUGUACUGCCAAAACAAGCCACGAUCUGAAUAUAUAGUAGCUGAGUACGAGGCCUAUUUUGAGGAGGUUCAACAGGAAAUAAACCAACGGCUGACCAUCAGUGACUUUCUGAUCAAACCCAUUCAGAGAAUAACUAAAUAUCAGCUCCUUCUCAAGGAUUUCCUGAGGUACAGUGAAAAAGCUGGUCUGGAGUGCUCUGAAAUACAGAAAGCAGUUGAGUUAAUGUGCCUUGUACCAAAACGUUGCAAUGAUAUGAUGAACCUGGGUCGCCUCCAAGGCUUUGAGGGUAAGCUGACAGCCCAGGGCAAGCUGCUGCAGCAGGACACCUUCUACGUGACAGAGCAGGACUCCGGAGUUCAGUCUCGACCAAAGGAACGCAGGGUGUUUCUCUUUGAGCAAAUUGUUAUCUUCAGUGAGCUGCUUAGGAAAGGAUCUUUAACACCAGGGUACAUGUUCAAGAAAAGCAUAAAGAUGAACUACCUUGUCAUUGAAGAAAACGUGGACAAUGAUCCCUGCAGGUUUGCUCUAAUGAGCCGGGAAACGUCUGAGAGAGUCAUUUUACAGGCAGCUAAUCCAGAAAUUCAACAGGCUUGGGUACAGGACAUCAACCAGGUCCUGGACACACAAAGGGAUUUCCUAAAUGCACUGCAGUCUCCCAUAGAGUACCAACGCAAAGAAAGUAGCACAGCAGUGCUGAGGCCCCAGGCCGGUAGGGUCGCUCAGCCCAACAGCAGACCCUAUUCUUCUGUUCCAGUAGGGUCUGAGAAGCCUUUGAAGGCUACAAGCCGUAACCCAUCUCUCCCACCCCUGAAGAUAUCUACCUCCAAUGGCAGUACAGGGUAUGAACAGCCCGGAGACAAGUAUGAACAAAGCAAGACUGAUUUGGGAGGGUGCAAUGGGACCUCUUCCAUGGUGGUGAUUAAAGAUUACUAUGCACUGAAGGAGGACGAGAUCUGUGUGAAUCAAGGAGAGGUGGUUCAGAUCCUUGCUAUCAACCAGCAGAACAUGUUCCUGGUGUACCAGCCUGCAAACGACCACUCUCCAGCUGCUGAAGGAUGGAUCCCUGGCAAUAUCUUGGCUCCCCUCACUAAAUCCACUGCAGAUAAUAACGACGGAAGCAUCAAGAAGUCAUGUUCAUGGCAUACCCUGCGCAUGAGAAAGCGGGCGGAAAAGGAGAGCAGUGGCAAAAAUGAAGCCAAUGGGCCACGUAAAUCCAAGGAUAUUCUGGGGAACAAAGUCUCUGUUAAAGAGACAAACAGCUCAGAGGAAUCAGAGUGUGAUGACCUUGACCCCAAUACUAGCAUGGAGAUAAUCAACCCCAAUUUCAUUCAAGAAGUGGCUCCAGAGUUCCUUGUGCCGUUGGUGGAUAUCACCUGCCUGCUUGGUGACACUGUGAUGCUGCAGUGCAAAGUCUGCGGCCGGCCCAAACCAACGAUAACCUGGAAAGGACCAGAUCAAAACAUUCUUGACGAUGAUAACAGCACAGCCACAUACACGGUGUCAUCCUGUGACUCUGGGGAGCUCAUGCUGAAGAUUUGCAAUGUGAUGCCUCAGGACAGUGGCAUUUACACCUGCGUGGCAACUAACGAGCAUGGAACGGCAUCAACCUCAGCCACAAUAAAAGUGCAAGGUGUUCCGGCUGCCCCAAAUCGCCCCAUUGCUCAGGAGAGAAGCUGCACCUCUGUGAUCCUUCGCUGGUUGCCUCCAUCCAGUACAGGCAAUUGCACCAUUUCUGGCUACACAGUGGAGUACAGAGAAGAAGGCUCGCAGGUCUGGCAGCAGUCAGUGGCCUCCACACUGGACACUUACCUUGUCAUCGAAGACCUGUCCCCAGGCUGUCAGUAUCAGUUCCGUGUGAGCGCCAGCAACCCCUGGGGGAUCAGCUUGCCCAGUGACCCAUCUGAAUUCGUGAGGCUUCCAGAGUAUGACUCUGCUGCUGAUGGUGCCACUAUUUCAUGGAAGGAAAACUUUGAUCUCGCUUAUGCAGAGCUGCAUGAGAUUGGGAGGGGACGAUUCUCCAUCGUAAAGAAAUGCAUUCACAAAGCUACCCGGAAAGAUGUUGCUGUAAAAUUCAUCAGUAAAAAAAUGAAGAAGAAGGAGCAAGCAGCCCAUGAGGCAGCUCUGUUACAGCACUUGCAGCAUCCUCAGUACAUCACUAUCCAUGAUACAUAUGAGUCUCCUACUUCUUACAUCCUCGUUCUGGAGCUGAUGGAUGAUGGUCGUCUCCUAGAUUAUCUAAUGAACCAUGAUGAACUUAUGGAGGAAAAAGUAGCUUUCUACAUAAGAGACACAAUGGAAGCCUUGCAGUAUCUUCAUAAUUGCCGAGUGGCUCAUUUAGAUAUAAAGCCAGAGAAUCUGCUCAUCGAUUUAAGGAUCCCAGUUCCUCGUGUCAAGAUCAUUGAUUUGGAAGAUGCAGUUCAAAUCACAGGCCAUUACCACGUCCACCAUCUCCUUGGAAACCCAGAGUUUGCAGCCCCUGAAGUUAUCCAGGGCCUCCCUGUAUCCCUGAGCACAGACAUCUGGAGCAUCGGGGUCCUCACCUACGUCAUGUUGAGCGGUGUCUCACCCUUCCUAGAUGAAAGCAAAGAGGAGACUUGUAUCAAUGUGUGCAGAGUCGAUUUCAGCUUCCCACCUGAGUACUUCUCUGAUGUGAGCCACGCCGCCAGGGAUUUCAUUAACGUCAUCCUCCAGGAAGACUUCAGGAGGAGGCCGACAGCAGCCACUUGUUUACAGCACCCAUGGCUGCAGCCACACAAUGGCAGCUACUCCAAAAUCCCACUGGAUACCUCUCGCUUGGCAUCCUUCAUUGAACGCCGCAGGCACCAGUAUGACGUGCACCCUGUCCCCGGUGUCAAGAGUUUCCUGAUGAGCAGGCUUAACCCUGGGACGUAAUGCCCACCUCCCCGGACACUACACUGCUGGUUCUGAGGCAGGGCACAGGGAGUGAGCAGGCCCAAAGCAGAGCUUCUGUACAUACUUCUGUAUUCAGUGUUGGCAUUUGAAGGUACAAAUCUGUCCAGAGGUCCCGGUACCUCCUCAGUUACUCAGGAUCAAAGCAAGCAGGGUAACAGUGACAGGUACUUAGGUGUCCUCUUCAAUGAGCACCUCCUGGAAGCAUCUCCACAAUACACAGCAGCAAACACCAACUGGAGAGAAGAACCAAAACUGCAGUUGCCUUAAUCUUUGGGAGGCAGCCUUACCAGAAAUCCUCUUGAUCUUGCUGAACUGAUUUCUGAGUGUACGAGAGAUUAGGUGUAGGAUAGAGUGUGGAGGAGUAAAUCUAGGCUGACCUUUGUGUGUAUUGCAGGACUUGGCUGAAUGCAGCUCUCAUUGAAGUCACUGCAUGCCUGCUCUGGGUGAACAGAUGGAUUUUUUGUGCUCUGUAUGCCCAGGUCUCCUAUGAUUUCUGUGAGGAUUUCACCUGCAAGAUCAGGCCUAUUGGAUCAGCUUCUGUGGUGGCUUGGCUUAGAUACACCCUCAUUACAUGGUAGUGCUCAGAAUAAAAUCCCAUGUUAAUCCUUGGGCUUUCUACUGCAUCAAGUCAACGUGCAGUACCUUUUGGAGCUAUGAUUGAGGCAAUGAAUUCAUUGGAGCAUACAGCUGUUUCUGACUAAGCACAAUGGGACUGUGAUGGUGUUUUUUUUUUUGUUUGUUUGUUUGUUUUUAAUGCAUUUUAUAUACACUGUACAGAAACCUUUUGCAAAACCUGUGCAUUGAGAAAAGGCUGAGUCCAAUUUUUGCAGUAUCUGUAAACUAAGUGAUGAUUGACGAAGACAAUUUUUUCUAUCACAGGUUUUCAGUAUACAUAUAUUGUAUCAUAUAUAUAUAUAAAUAUAUAUAUAUAAAGGAUCCUGUUCCAUUUCUAGCUUCAGAAUUGCUUGGCCCAAAGUCCAUCUAAAGCCUUUCAAAGUGCAGUUGGUAAGUGGUGAGUCCAUCCUUGUGCUUACAGCUUGAAAAUUGUUUUCAGUGUUAAAAGUAUGUCAUUUGGUUCAUUUCCAGUCUUGUAAAUAUCUCUCAGCUGCCAUUAGCACCUCAUCGCCAAAGCAUUUGUGAGGAUAUUUUUCUGUCCAAAGCCUAAUUUGUAAUAAAAUAAUAAUAAAAAAAAAAAUCCACAAUUAAAACAUUUCUCUCUUGCAAGCCAAGUUGGAACAUCAUCACAGUGAUGUUACGGUGACGGAGCCAGCCUUAAGUAUGAGCAAUGCAGGGAGCCUGCAGUGACAGAUCAGCAGUCUGUGGGCUGGCAAAGUCUUCUCUGUAGCAGCAGGAAGGGAAAACACCUCCCUGGUUGCUGCACCAUAAAACCCCGCAGCCUUCCUGGCUGAUGAUCAGACUUUUUUCCCCUUGGCAUAUCAGUGAGUUGUCUCAGUGCUGAGUGCCGCUGCUGUGCCUGCAAUAGGAAAUGUCAGUUGUUACCAAAGCUUUUCCUAAGGAAAAGGGCUUAUUCUGGCCAUGUGUACUCAGCAGAGGCUCUCCUGAGAUAUCUCAUCAGAGCAAGAGCCAAAUUCAAUUCACCAUCCAACUAACUGCACUGUGAGUUUGUGAUAUAUCAUCAGGAUCAAAAGCUGGUUCUACCAGCAGGUGACAGAGACACUCUGCAAGUAUUGCAAAUUCCCAGGUCUCUGCUAGCCCUUCUGAUCCACCUCUGAGCUCAGUUUCAUGGCAUUUGGAGACCUGGCCCUUCUCUUUGUGCUUGCUCUACCAGGAUGCUAGAACAGUCAGGCACAGCAAGUUACAACGUUCAGUGCUGCAAACCUUAAGAUCUGGGAGCCACAGGCAGAUGGGUAAGCCCACACAGAGUCAGAGACAGCAUACAAGACUGAGCGUGUGAUCUGAUCCCAGGGGAAGUUGAGGGAAGGCUUGAGUGUUCAUGGAGGGCUAAAACUUCUGAACCGAUUUCAGUUUCCCUCUGUAGUGCAGCAACUAGUUUUCCAAGCAAUUCAGUAGCACCUCAAAGACAAAGACCAGACUCUCCUCCUGAGUGGGAGUGUGAGGUGUACAAUUUCUUAGCAACUGAAACAUCUCCAUGCAGUCAUCAAGGGGUGUCUUUAAUUAGCUCCAGCCUCAGGUACUUCCUCACUGCAGGACUGUUUGUGCUUCUUCCCAUUUGUCAAAGCUGGCUCUCUGUGCUGUGAUUGUGCUGCCUUUCAGAAAAUGUUUAUGGAAGUGUGGUUUAUAAAACCUACAGCUUUUAUGGGGCCCAUGGGUACACUUUGAACAACACUCUUUCUACUUGGCACCAGUACAAACAGAUUCUCACGUAUCACAGGAAAUCUCAAGCUAUUUAUCAUUUUCUUUUGCUAUGUCCUGCAUUCACAUUUCAAACUGUGAAAACAGGCACUGUGGGCCUAUGGAGGGAAAAGAUCAGAUUGAUUAAGGGAAUAUUUAAGCCUUUCUAUGUCUUUUCUCUCUUCUGUUCUCAUUUGAUAGAAACUGGAGGGUUAAAUACUGUUUUAACAAUUCUUUAAAGCAGUCUAAUUGCCUUUUUAUUUUAAACAGCUUUAUUUUCAUUAACACCUUUAAAAUAAUUUUACUUUUAACCUAAGGUAAAGCUGAGACAAAGCCUGUGCCCUCAGUGGGCCUUGUUACAAAUGCCACAAAGGCUGAAUGCAGAACUGCGUGGUGCAAUGUGACUAUAUAUAACUGUAUUUUAAUGCCCUUGCAAUGAGAGGGCUGUAUCAGGUGACCUGGGCCGUGUAAACUCCCAGAGACAAACAUCCAGCAUAGGGCCUGGGUUUGUUUUGUGGCUCAUUGGCAGCGUUCUAUCCCAACACGGUGCUUCCCAAAGAUGCAAGGCCAGGCCAGGUGCUGCCAAGCUGGGUCUGGCACUGUGCUGUGUCAGCACCACGUGUUGGCUGUGGAAGAGUGGUGGGACAGGUGAGCGUGGCUCUGCACAGACUGUGGCCACCUCAACCUUGUUCACUAAGAGCAAAGCUCUGUGCUCGUCAGCUUUCCAGCAGCCAGCUGAAGGAGGAAGGGGGAAGGCCCAGCUGAUGGCACGGUGUUGUCAAGGUGCAAAGUGAUGCCACAGCCUUAAUGAUGCCAGCACACAGUGCAGCCUGAAGCACACUGCUACGCCAGGCGUGAUCCAACGCUACGGACAUGGCUUCGAACUGCGCCCCCUCCCUAUGAACAGACUGUGCUAACGAUGCAGUUUCUGGGCUUUAUUUUCUUUAUUUAUUUUGGAUUAAACUCAGUUGUUCAGAGAA